UUGACUGAUGAUAGCGACAGCGAUACUGACAUACAGUAUCGUGACGAUGCACCAAGCAAGCGCUCUGGCAUUGGUCACAGCACGAAUCCGGCUAUUGCAAGUCGCAUCAUUGCACGCGCACCGAGUACCGAGGAUGACGAAGAUGUCCCGCUGAGUAGGUUUUUCCUCUCACUGAAACUGGAACAGGAUAAUUCUGGAAGGCAGUUGUAUUACUGA